CCAUAUCUUAUAAACGUGGUCACAUUUUAUUCAAAACAGAAUGAGUUCAUUAAACCAAUACACAUUUGCCUUCUGGCCUAUCUUUUUAAAUGCAUGGACAUUUAACUAGUUUAAAUAAGUUCUGUUAGUAUUCAGGGCCCUUUUCAGAUAAAAAUAGCCACUAUGAGGCUUAUGGGAGAGCUUUCAGUUUCAUAAAUUAUAUUGCUACAGGCACUGUAUUGAGAAGGAAGUACUGUCUGACUGUGGCAUUUGGUCAUAUCAAGGUUAGCACUCUAUGUAUAUGAAUAUCUGCUCCAUGUAGGAGCUCAGAAAUCGGCCCAAACAUUUUUAUCAGAGAUAAGAUGGGAAAAAAACAUCACAUUGGGGGAACCUCCAGGAUUCUUACAUUCUUGGUGGUGUUAGCUUUUUUGCUGCUGUACCUAAAGGAUCCAACCAGCACAAUUGUAGAGGAGGAAAAGUUUGAGAGCUCAUGGUUUCAAAGGUUGACAGAGGGCUCCCAUUCCUCUGGGCUCAAGGUGAGGAAGGAUAUCAUGGCUGGAGAGUGUGGCAGAGGAAAGCAGCUCACAUCAUGGUGGUCAGGAAGUAGAGAGAAAAACUCCACUGGACAGUGUAUUUUGGGAUCUCUACUGUGCAGCUCCAGAGAGACGGGAAACAUGUGAACACUCAAGUGAAGCAAAAGCCUUCCAUGAUUAUAGUGCUGCAGCAGCUCCCAGUCCAGUGCUAGGAAACAUUCCCCCAGGAGAUGGCAUGCCAGUAGGUCCUGUACCACCAGGGUUCUUUCAGCCUUUUAUGUCACCUCGGUACCCUGGAGGUCCAAGGCCCCCAUUGAGGAUACCUAAUCAGGCACUUGGAGGUGUCCCAGGAAGUCAGCCAUUACUCCCCAGUGGAAUGGACCCAACGCGACAACAAGGACAUCCAAAUAUGGGUGGGCCAAUGCAGAGAAUGACUCCUCCAAGAGGAAUGGUGCCCUUAGGACCACAGUCUGACCCUUGGUUAUCAUUACAGAACUAUGGAGGUGCAAUGAGACCCCCACUGAAUGCUUUAGGUGGUCCCGGAAUGCCUGGAAUGAACAUGGGUCCAGGUGGUGGUAGACCUUGGCCAAACCCAACAAAUGCCAAUUCAAUACCAUACUCCUCAGCAUCUCCUGGGAAUUAUGUAGGUCCUCCAGGAGGUGGAGGGCCACCAGGAACACCCAUCAUGCCUAGUCCAGCAGAUUCAACUAAUUCUGGAGACAACAUGUAUACUUUAAUGAAUGCAGUACCUCCUGGACCUAACAGACCUAAUUUUCCAAUGGGUCCUGGGUCAGAUGGUCCCAUGGGUGGAUUAGGAGGAAUGGAGUCACAUCACAUGAAUGGCUCUUUAGGCUCAGGAGAUAUGGACAGUAUUUCCAAGAAUUCUCCCAAUAAUAUGAGCCUGAGUAAUCAACCGGGCACUCCAAGGGAUGAUGGUGAAAUGGGGGGAAAUUUCUUAAAUCCUUUUCAGAGUGAGAGUUACUCCCCUAGCAUGACAAUGAGUGUGUGAUCCAUUACCAAGUCUCCUUAUGAAAACCACAGUGAGUCAGCCCUUCACAGAACUACUACGGAAGAAAAUUAUUCAUCACAGUGUACAGUUAAACAAAGGAAUCUCGGCCACACCAAACCAAUCUUUUUAUUUCCUGCUCUCUCCCCUAUUUUGUGAAGAAAGCAGGUCCAAAAGUGAUCCAAACAACUGUACGGAGCGGCACAUCAGAAUUGCCCUAAACUGAACUGCAAAUAAUUAUCUGUGUAUGUAUAUGUGUGGGAAAGAGAAUGUAUCGUAUAUGCGGAUGUUAUAUGGACAUAUACGCAUACAUACAUUGACCCACGGGACAUUGUAAAAUAUUAUCACAUGACAUCUUAAGUAGAAAUAAGUAGGGACUUUUAUUCCAUCCUUUUUUUCACGUUUACAUUUUAAUUAUUAAAAGUUGCUCCUGCCCCUUCCCUGAACUAUUUUGUGCUGUGUAUAUCACUGCUUUAUAUAAGUUAUUUUUUAAGGUGAACUCAGAUGUUAUGGUUUUGUAAAUGUCUGCAAUCAUGGAUAGGAAUAAAAUUGCUUAUUUGAGAGCUUUCAUUAAA